AUGCCUAAACCGGCAUUCAUAUUCAAACCGGUUCAUGAGUCUCACGUCCAAGCUUCCAUCAUCUGUUCCAAGAAACUCGGAAUUCAUGUACGGGUUAGAAGCGGCGGUCACGAUUACGAAGGCAUGUCCUAUGUCUCACAGAUCGAGACACCGUUUAUAUUGAUCGAUAUGUCGAAAUUGAGACAAAUCAAUGUUGAUGUUGAAGACAAUAGCGCUUGGGUUCAAGCUGGUGCUACAAUCGGUGAACUGUACUACAGAAUUGCAGAGAAGAGCAAGGUCCAUGGAUUCCCUGCGGGUUUGUGGACUAGCUUAGGCAUAGGUGGGCAUAUAACAGGCGGUGCAUACGGUUCCUUGAUGCGCAAGUAUGGUCUUGCUGCAGACAACAUUCUAGACGCAAAGAUCGUUGAUGCUAAUGGUAGAUUACUUGACAGAACCACAAUGGGCGAGGAUCUAUUUUGGGCGAUUAGAGGAGGCGGUGGAGGGAGUUUUGGAAUAAUUCUUGCAUGGAAGAUCAAACUUGUUCCUGUUUCUAAUACCAUAACCGUCUUCAACGUCACCAAAACGUUAGAACAAGACGCCGACAACAAGAUUCUUUCGAAGUGGCAAGUGGUCGCCGACAAGCUUGUGGAAGAGCUAUUCAUCCGAGUGGUCUUCAACGUAGCUGGGAACAAUGGGAACAAGACUGUGAUCGCAUCGUACAAAGGUCAGUUUCUUGAAGAGAAAGGCACCUUGAUGGGUAUUAUGAAGAAGAAUUUUCCGGAACUAGGGUUAACUCAAGAGGAUUGUAUCGAGAUGAGCUGGAUCGAAUCCAUUCUUUACUUUGCUGUCUUUCCCACUGGCUCUCCUGUAGAGGUUUUGCUUGAAGGGAAAUCACUUUUGGGAAGAGUCUACUUCAAAGAAAAGUCGGAUUUCGCUAAAAACUCUAUUCCUGCUUUAGGGCUCAAAGGAAUGUUCAAUAAGUUGCUUGAAGAAGACGCAGCAAUGGUGUUUUGGACCCCUUACGGUGGAAUGAUGGCGAAAAUCCCUGAGUCUGAGAUCCCAUUUCCGCAUAGAAACGGAACCAUCUUCAUGAUUCAAUAUUUCACGAGAUGGCCAGACAGCGAUAAGAGACCGAACACACACAUUAGAUGGGUCAGAGAGAUGUACAGUUACAUGACGCCUUAUGUCUCAAGUAAUCCAAGACAAGCUUAUGUGAACUACAGAGACCUGGACCUUGGACAGAACAGAAAUAAUAACGCGAAAUGGAACUUGAAACAAGCUCAAAAUCUGGGGAGCUAA